AUGAGCAGCGCUGCAUCGCGCGGGCGUUGCAGGCAGCAGCAGUUUUGCGUGCGUGAAACGGCGGCGGCUCACGACGACGGCGAUGAACAUGAAUCGCGACCACGGUCGAAGUGUCGGUUUUUUGUUGUAGUUGUCGAUGUAACUGACCUGAGGACAGCUAUCGACGCGAUGUUGAUGAUCGAGCGGCUGCCGCUGACCAAGGAGCGUUUGGAGGUGAGUGUCAGACUGAGGUAUUGCUUUCGUGAACGAAGAAGAGAGGAGGAGGCGUCGUUGUCGCCCUCCGGUCUUUGUUGUCGCGUUUCGCCAGUGACAUACUAA